AUGUCCAUUCAAAUCUUACCUACGGAGAUCCUUCUCCUCAUCUUUCGCUUUGUUGGGAACAAGGAACUCGCACAGAACUGCGGUGUUGCAGUUUGCCAAAGAUGGCAUUCGAUCAUCAAGUCAAUCUUGGUCAAAGACAUUCGUGUGUCAGGCCCACAAUUCAUCAAAAUCAGCGACCGGGACUUUCAGUAUAUGAAGAUCUUCACCAGGGCGCUUGAAAUCAACAUGACGAUUAAGCUCCCACCAUAUGAAAUUGACAAGGCUUACGACGAGUUAGCCGACGACCGGCGCCGUCUGAGAAGACUCAAACAGCACCCCAAAUUGGUUCAAAAACGCCUCAAUCACUUGAGUACUCUGAUACCCGAUUAUUCAUCCCUGCGGUCUUUGGUCUUGCGUUUCGGGCGCGUUGGAGACGCUGAGGAUGAACGGCAGUUUCCGACGUGUGGAGGUUGGGACCAAGUCUCAUUCAUCAAAGGCCUCUGGUCCACCAGACUUGCCCAUCUAACAAUCGAGACUGGCCAAAUCGGGUACCCAAGACAGAAAGGGGUCUGUCGCAUGAUUGCCCAGAUAAUUCCAUCCCUCAUAUCCGUGCGACUUCAACUGAGGUGGAUUUGCGAUGAGCUUCUGGAUUUCACCCACAUUGAUGCCACUGAGCCGCCGCCACGGAUCAAAAAUAUUAUUAUCAGCGACAUCAUGCAUUACAUAGUGGACUCUGAUUGGUAUUGGGAAUACAGUAUGCAUGAGUGGGACAUGAACUGUAGUUAUCAUACCUUGUUCGUGCAACUGGAGAACAAGGCUGAGGAGGCAGUACGACGGCUACCUACGCUCGAGGGCUUGUGGAUCGUUAAGCAUGAGGGUCGUUGGGCUCGGAGUGUUACGUCACGAGAAUUCGUCACUAGGAUCGAGAGAACUUAUCCAAUCGAACCCAGCGAUGUGGACGGCUAUGACUGGACGAUGCCAACACCCUGGAUUGAAACCAUUGCGUUUUGA